AUGCAGAAGCAUGGAUACAUUGGCGAGUUUGAGUAUGUUGAUGAUCACAGGUCUGGCAAGAUCGUGGUUGAAUUGAAUGGCAGGCUGAACAAGUGUGGUGUCAUCAGUCCUCGCUUUGAUGUUGGUGUCAAGGAGAUUGAGGGAUGGACUGCAAGGCUCCUUCCUUCUCCACGUGUCGGAUCUCUUAUCAUUAACUCGAUGUACAUUGUCCCACCUGAUUUGCAGUUUGGUUACAUCGUGCUGACAACCUCUGCUGGGAUCAUGGACCAUGAGGAGGCAAGGCGUAAGAAUGUUGGUGGCAAGGUGCUAGGCUUUUUCUACUGA